CAACUUGACAUUGACAAUAGUAGUAUGAUGAGUAUGAGUAGUAUUAAGGAUACCCAGGGAAGUGAUCUUGCUAAUAUGGAUUAUGAACUUAGUGCUCAAAAAGAAGAAAAAUCUAAAACCGACGAAAAUCCAGAGGAAAAGGUUUCACAGCAACCCACGACCAAUAAUGAUAAUAAAAUAGAUGAAAAAUCUUAUGAAAAAGUUAUUAAAGAAAAUGAACAAGAACUUGAAAAGAAAAUGUAUCCAAAAACUCUCGAAAAAGGUCAUAUUUGCUUUCUUUAUAGACCAAAGGUCAAUGUUGAAGAACCUAAAAGCAUUGAAGAAGUUCAACGAAUGCAUAUUGUUCUUUUGCCACACCUAGUAAGACACUCGUUAGAAGAAGAACCUGUCAAAAGUUAUUCUCAUUUGUCAAUCCAAGGUAAACUCGAUGAACACUCAAAUGCUGAAAAACCACAUAUAGGAAAAUCUCGUGUAAUCACUAUUGGAAAGAAAAAAUUACCCGAAAUUGAAAAACAUUCUAAAUUCUGGGGUUAUAUUGAUAAAGCAUUUAAUGACUCGAAUGAACUUAAAGAAUUUGUUUCUGGAAGAACUUAUCAAACUGCUACCAAAGGUCAACAAGCUCUUCAAGAUUGCAGAAUCUUUGGGAGAGGAGUUUAUAACAUAGUAGAGCAUCAUGGGCAUACUCAUUUAGCCUACGUAUUGGAAAUUCCAGAAGAACCAACUGAAAUUCAAAAGGAAUUCAACGUCAACAAAGAGGGAACCUAUGUUAUAAGUAUUAAGAAUCCUGACAUAUCAAACCCAUCAUACACAGGACUUUCUGGACACGAAAAAGUAAUUUAUCCUGAUCGUCUUGUACAAAAAUUCCAAGGAAGGCGAUUUAUUUCUUUGGAAACAACCGAAUUUUUGGAUUAUAAUGGUACCGAAUUAUUAUUUAUUGGUGCAAAGGAAGAUAUUGCUCAAGAUUUGGGCGAGGCAGGAAAAGAACUUGAGGAAUUGGCAGAAUACGAAACAAAAACAAUCGUUCCAUUUGCUGAACGUGUAGUCUUUGAUGAUUUACAUUUUGAAAAGGGUGUUUUGCCAAUUGAACCACUUCAUG